GCCAGUGCGCAGGGCGGGUCACAGCUGCAGCCCCAGGUCGCUGGGGAGGGAGGCACCAGCCGCGGAGCGGGAAGUCGCUGCCCGGGCGGAGGAAGCGGCCGGGGCCGGAGCCGAGCCCGGCGAUGGCUGCAGCGGGGCCGGCGCAGCUGCGGGUGGCGUUUGAGGACGUGGCUCUGUAUUUCACGCGGGAGGAGUGGGAGCUCUUAUCCCCGCCAGAGAAGCAGCUGUACCGGGACCAGAUGCUGAGGAAUUACCGGACCCUUGUUUUCCUUGGCUCUUCAGGUUCCACACCGGACUUAAUCCACCGGAUCGAGGUAGGGGAGGCAGAGCUGUGGAUCGGUGGUGCCAAGGACUCCAGGGAAAGCUCCAGGCCUGAGAGCCCCUCCCCAGCAGGGCACGGGAUCCCGGGAGCAAUGAGGGGACAGUCUGAAUGCGGGGAGAGCACAGAAGGAGAGCAGGAUCCCACAGCCCACACGGGGAUCAAUAUGCUGGAUACAGUUCAUCUCCUGGGUAGACUCAGCCAGAGACUCCCCAUGGGCCGGUGUCCCCACCUCUGCAUCGACUGCGGCAAGAGGUUCAGCAACUCCUCCGCGCUGAACCAGCACCAGCGCGUGCCCACUGGGGAGCAGCCGUAUUGCUGCGCCAACUCUGGUCAGGGGCUCAGCAAUGCCAGCACACUGACCCAGAAUCGGCGCAUGCACAUCAGGGAGCAGUCGUAUCGCUGUGCUGAUUGUAACAAGAGCUUUGCACACAGCUCAAAGCUGAGAGUACAUCAGCGCACGCACACGGGGGAGCGGCCGUAUUGCUGUGCUGAGUGUGGCAAGGGCUUUGCACAGAUCUCGGAUCUGAGAUCGCACCAGCACACGCACACUGGGGAGCGGCCGCACCGCUGUGCUGAGUGCGGCAAGGGCUUUGCGUCGAGCUCAAAUCUGAGUAGACACCAGCGCACGCACACCGGGGAGCGGCCGCACCGCUGUGCUGACUGCGGCAAGGGCUUUGCGCAGCUUGCACACCUGAGAAGACACCAGCGUGCACACAGCGGGGAGCGGCCGCACCGCUGCACUGACUGUGGCAAGAGCUUUGCGGAGAGCUCAAAGCUGAGAACACACCAGCACACACACACCGGGGAGCGGCCGUAUCGCUGUGCUGACUGUGGAAAGGGCUAUGCACAGAUUGCAUACCUGAGAACACACCAGCGCAUGCACACCGGGGAGCGGCCGUACUGCUGCACCGACUGUGGGAGGAGCUUUGCGACGAGCUCAACGCUGAGAAUACACCAGCGUCUGCACACCGGGGAGCGGCCGCACCACUGCACCGACUGCGGCAAAGACUUUGCACAGAGCUCAACCCUGAGAAUGCACCACCGCACGCACACCGGGGUGCGGCCGCAUCACUGCACCGACUGUGGCAAGAGCUUUGCGGAGAGCUCAAAGCUGAAAAUACACCAGCGCACGCACACUGGGGAGCGGCCAUAUCGCUGCAUGGACUGCGGCAAGGGCUAUGCACAGAUUGCACACCUUAGAAUACACCAGCGCACGCACACCGGGGAGCGGCCGUACCGCUGUGACGAUUGCAGCAAAAGCUUUACCAAUGCCAGUGCACUGACCAAACAUCAGCGCACACACCCACACACACCGGGGAGCAGCUGCACCGCUGUGCCAACUGUGGUAAGAAGUUCAACAAUGCCAACAAGCUGACCCAGCACCAGUGCACACCAGGGAACGGCCAUUCCAAUGCACUGUCUGCAGAAAGAACUUUGCACAGAGCUAAUACCUGAGAAUACACCAACACAUUCACAGCGGGGAGCGGCUGUACAGGUGUGCUGACUGUGGCAAAUGCUUUGCUCACUUGGGCAACCUCACCUGGCACCAGUUGACUCACCAGUUGACUCGCCCUUCUGCCACCACCAGAGCCCAAGGGGCUUCUGGCAGCUGGCAGGCCUGGCACAGUGCCAGCAGAAUCAGACCAGGGAGUGGUCCUGUCCCCAUGAUGCCCAGCAGAGACUGUGUGGGGCAGGGAAGGGGACUUGACUAAGCAGCGUGGGGAAGAGCAGAGAGGUGGGGGGAUUUUAGAGUAGAUGGUCACAACCUACUCCAUUAGGGGCCCCCUGCAUCUAGGUGGGGUCCAGCCAGGGGUCUCUCUGUCAAACUCCCCACAACACAUAUAGCUGUGAGGCAGCCAGGACAAUUCCCCCUCCCCCCAUCUAGAUGGGACUGAAUCAGGAACUUCCCCCCACAGCUCCCUCGGUUUUAGCCAAGGGGUGACUCUUAGGUGACAUCUGGAGCUGGGAUUUGCUGUCCUGUCUCGGCAUGGAUUGGUCUGAUCUAAGGCCUGACUGACCAUGAGACCCGAAGAACCGUGUAACUGGCAGGUGCACAGAGAGAGUUUUGCAUUACUCCUUGGGGAAUUCUAUGCCAAAAAAAAUAAAUAAAUUCUGCACACCAUAUUUUAAAAUUUUGCAUAUUUUAUUUGUCAACAUAACACAAUAUAAUCACACUAGUUUCAAUUAUUUUGGUAAUUUAUUUCAAACUACCCAUCAGCAACUAUGUUUGCAACAGUACAAACAA